AUGGUUCACAACAAAGUUACGAUUAUCGGCUCUGGCCCAGCUGCCCACACCGCUGCGAUUUACCUUGCUCGUGCUGAGAUCAAGCCCACCCUAUACGAGGGUUUUUUGGCCAACGGCAUUGCAGCCGGUGGACAACUGACCACCACCACUGAAAUCGAGAACUUUCCUGGUUUUCCCCAAGGAAUCGAUGGUUCGGGAUUGAUGGACAAGAUGAGAGAACAAUCGCUUCACUUUGGCACUGAGAUUAUCACCGAGACCAUUUCGAAGGUGGACUUGUCACAGAGACCCUUCAAGCUUUGGACCGAGUGGAACGAGGAUUCCGAGCCAAUCACCACUGACGCUGUCGUGAUUGCCACUGGAGCUUCUGCCAAGAGACUGAACCUGCCAGGUGAGGAGACCUACUGGCAACAGGGUAUCUCUGCCUGUGCUGUGUGCGACGGAGCAGUGCCAAUUUUCAGAAACAAGCCUUUAGCCGUCGUCGGAGGUGGUGAUUCUGCCUGCGAAGAGGCCUUGUUUUUGACCAAGUAUGGCUCCAAGGUUUACUUGAUCGUGAGAAAGGACUUUUUGCGUGCCUCCACGAUCAUGCAGAGGAGAGCCCAGAACAACCCCAAGCUGGAGAUCGUUUAUAACACAGUCACUCUCGAGGCCAAGGGAGACGGCAAACUGUUGAACUCUUUGGCCAUUAAGAACGUUAAGACGAAUGAGGUUUCGGACCUUGCAGUGAACGGUUUGUUCUAUGCUAUUGGCCAUACACCAGCUACCCACGUCUUUGCCGGUCAAAUUGACACCGAUGAGACCGGAUACAUCAAGACCGUGCCAGGUUCUUCGAUCACAUCUGUUGAGGGUGUGUUUGCUGCUGGUGAUGUUCAGGAUAAACGUUACAGACAGGCCAUUACCUCUGCCGGGUCUGGCUGUAUGGCUGCCUUGGACUGUGAAAAGUUUUUGUCUGAGCAGGAAUAA